GAGGGUGAACAGGGAGACGGGACAGCGAUGGAUUCGGAUGUCAGGACCGGUUUUUCAGGAGAUCGGGCGGGAAAGGUCUGAGCUCAAUGAUGAAAAAGUUUUGAGAAAUAUUUUUUGCGCGUGUUUUAUUUUGGUAGAUUUUUCGGGAUGUCACAAGGGUCGUUUUCCCGUGAUGGGAGUCCGGGGCCUAAAGCCGGCACUAGUUGUCCUAAGAAGCCGAGGACAACUGUGUGGAAGAGGAGGAUUAGCAGAGAAGUCAGGUAACCCGUUGAGUUGUUUCAGUCUCAUUCCGAGCUUGACUUCUGAUAUCUUUGCUUUUUGUAGCCCUGGUCCAGCUCCCAAGCAGAGGCGAGUGGUUGAGGAAGGGGCUCCUGCUGCUGCCACUCCUUCUGACAUAGCAGAUUCAUCGAGGAGGACCGGUGGGAGGGAUUGCAGCCUUCGGAUGAUAUCCCAGUUGGUGUUUCACCAGAUGCUGAAGAGGAGGAGUCGAGUGAUAGCCUUUUAGAGGAAAUUAUGGCGUCCCCCCUCACUUUGAGUGCAAUCAUGGUGAAGAGCUUGAGGAUGAUCCGCAGUUGACGGCUGGGAAUAUGAAGAAAUUCCAGGCUGUGAUUCGGGAAUUUACCAAGUUUUCUGUGCAAAUGGUCAAUCGCUCGUAUCUGAAGUCUCAGAAGCUGAAGACGACCGAGGCGGAUCGCCAGAAGAUCACUCUGCUCGAGGCGGAGAAUGCUGCUUUGAGGAAGGAUAAAGCCGCACUCGAACAGAGGGUCAGGAUGUUGAAGGAGGUGAUCCAGAAGAACCGAGACGGCACUGAAGGGCACCAGAAAGAAUUGCAAGAACUUCGGGUGGCGGCACAGACUGUGGUCGAGUCCAUAGGUCUAUCUGAGGAGUCUGGCGGCAGCUUUGCAGAUCGGUUGCGGGGGGUCCCUUAGAAAUUCGCCAAGUUCUUGGCUGAAGCUUCUAGAAAUUAUGUAGCGCAAACUGUUGGGCUUGUAAAGUCAUAUUGGCCUAGGGCGAAAAUAGCCGUUCUUGGCGAUGGAAUGUGUUCACGAUGUGAACAUGACCAAUUCAUCAAGUAUGUUGAAGAGGCUGAACCCGUGGCUGACCAAUUUGUAAAGUUGAUAGAACAGUAGGAUGUACUGUAUCUUCUCCUUGCCAUGUAAUUAUGACUUUUUGCCAAUGAGUUGUUGAGGAUUUUGCUUGAGUCAUCAUCUUGUGUAGAUGCAGAGAUCGUGUCUCUUGGCUUCCAUCUU